AAAAAAAAAAGAAAAGGAAAUAAUUGAGAGAGAAAAUCGGGUCUCACAGUUCCAUUCCAUGAGCUUCUGUUUGCUUCAUCGUCCUUUAGGUCUCAUUCUCUGAAGCUAUCUCUUUCUCCUUCAACUCACGGAUUUUCUUCCAGAUCUUCCUCAGCCUCUGGUGCAACAGGUAAAGAUGCAAGGUGCCGUGCGAUCAUUUCUAUCACAUGGAAACGUUGUGAAAACUGCUGUUCUGCAACAAAUUCGUGUAGCAAACCCCCAUAUGAGGCCUGCAAUGCUUUCACGCUUUUCGACAUCAGCUAGUUCCAUAAACAUUGAAGAGCAUGGCUUUGAAAGCACUACCGUUGAUGACAUCUUGAAAGCUAAAGGCAAAAGUGCUGAUGGAUCUUGGCUUUGGUGCACCACAGAAGACAGUGUUUAUGAUGCUGUUCAGUCGAUGACUCAGCACAACGUUGGAGCCUUGGUGGUUGUUAAACCCGCGGAGCAAAAUUCAAUAGCUGGUAUUAUAACAGAGAGAGAUUAUCUGAGAAAGAUUAUAGUGCAAGGCAGGUCUUCGAAGAAUACCAAGGUUGGGGAUAUCAUGACUGAGGAGAACAAACUUAUCACUGUGACACCUGACACUAAGGUUUUGCAAGCUAUGGAACUUAUGACUGACAACCGAAUUAGGCACAUACCCGUCAUUAACGAGAAGGGCAUGCAAGGCAUGGUGUCAAUCGGGGAUGUGGUUCGGGCUGUGGUGAGUGAGCACCGUGAGGAACUAGACCGCCUGAAUGCUUUUAUUCAGGGAGGUUAUUGAGUUGCUGCUAUGGACUUUGGUUGCUUGGUGUGAGAUGUUUCCAAAAACCAGAAUGCUUCAGUUCUUGUACAUAUGAUCAUGACCCGGUAUGCGCACUCUUAUUAAUAUGGUUGUGCUUCGUGUUGUUUCUAGUACAAUAACGGACCAAUGUUGUAAUAACAGACGGUAACUUUGCUUUGCAAAAUUUCACACUGAAUUUGCGUUAUCAUUGGAGAGUACAAAAAUCUCCUUCAAGUUGGCGAUUUACCAAAAAAAAUGAAGCAGAGAAUUUCUGUUUGAAAUGA